CCGGGUUGUGUGGCCACGACAGUUUGUUGCUCCAGGAGCGGAAACUCCUAGGAUGUCUCUCUGAAUAAAGACGCCGGAAGUGCGAAAUGACUACAUGGCAGCCAAGGCGGAAAACUGGGGAAUGGGAGAUAAAGUGGCCUUGUGAAUAGGAAUGCCCUCCCAAAUAUCAGAAUUGCAGAUCAUGGAUGAAGAUCGAUUAAUUGAAGAAGUCUUGGAUAAGUUUGUUAAUUGUCACGAGCAGACAUAUGAAGAAUUUCUGAGCACGUUGCCUCAUCUUUCCAAAGAGGAUAAUGUGACCAAAAGAGAAGCAUUUGGAACUGAUUCUUCAGAAAACAUACUUACUUCAAUAAAAUUUCCUCAUGAAAAUGCACCAAAUGAUCACCAUCUUAGAAAUAAAGCCAUCUUUCUUCGUACCUUAUCACAGUGUUCAGAAGAGGAACAGAUAGUGAUGGAUGAAGGCCAAAAAGUUGGCAGUUCCUUUCAAGGUGAUCUGAGUCGGGCAGGAAAGGUGAAGACUUGCUGCUGCUUCCGGGAGAAGUGGAGCCGGAUGCGAGUGCCAGUGCUCCCUCUCACGUCCCUUCCGUGGCCCAGCCUCUUCCCCCUGGAGGAAAGCCCAGGCCUGCCAGGAAAGGAGCAGACAAGCAGAGGGAAGAGAUGCUCGGGGACGAAGUCCAGCCCUUCUCACUUGAUGAAGAAUUCGAUUAUGAUGCUGUGACGCUCACCCCCAAGUUCACCCCUGCAGAGAUGGAUGCCAUCAAGCAGCUGUCUGCGCAGAAGGGAGAGAACUCCAGCACAGACGCAGAGGGACCCCGGGACUGACUCACCAAGACAGCUUCGUGCUUAUUUUUAUUUUGUCCUUAUUCGAGCAACGUUAAAAUAAAAGAUAAACCUCCUGUA